AGAGCAACCAAAUACUACGGCAACCACAGCUUCCAACCAUCCUCACCUUGUUAAGUUCCUUUGCCAAAAAGAACCAGAAAAAUCUCAAAAAGAACCCCCCGCCCCACCAAAGCUAUCCAUUCCUCAAAUACGUGAAACAGUAAGUGAGGAACAGAAGAACGAACGAGUUGGUAUUUGGGUGAAGACUCAACUUGAGCAAGACUAUGAUAGUGAACCUCCUAUGGGAUAUGAAGAAAUAGCUCGCAGUGAAGGGAACGAACCGACCGAAUCAGAUCGAGCGAGUCAGCAAAGUUUGGUCAGCGCUGGGGUCAGCGGGUCAAUCUCGACGGGGUCAACAUCCGGCUACGGGUCAGCGGACACAACCACCAACCAUGCGCGACAGGACAGAGUCGAGAUGUGGGUACGUGAGCAACAAUAUGUACGGCAACAACAACCCCCACUAGUGGCUCGUUCGCAGCCAGCGAGGAACGACGAGCCUUGGAUUAAUGGUGGUUCUCGUCACCUCGCGUCACCGCAUCCAAUUUCGUCGUCAGAUUCCCCGAAUGAUUCGUUUCGACCCCCAGUCCCUUUGUACAGCACAUGGGGUGAAGGUCUUCCCCGCUUUGCAGAACUAACACAGAACUCAAACAACAACAAUAUCUACCAGCCUCAAGCUAGUUUCAACUCUAUAAUACCAUGAUGGGAGCAAAUUAAACAUGUAAAAAUGUGCUAUGUGUUAUUCGUUUGUUUGUAUUUAUAUCACAGAUGUUUGCAGAGGUUUUAUCGUUUUAAAUCUUAUUUAUUACGAGACAAAUUAUAUUGUUUUAAAGCGAAUGUUCCAAAAUAAAACACAAAAUCUAUUUCUGAUUAGUCACAAAAUUUUACUAAGUUUACCUCACGUAUUAUUGUAGGAUGCAUUACUCGUGGAUCACUUUAUUUGUUUGUUUUUCAAUGUUUUUAUUUCAAUAAAGAUGCACAAUACA